UCUGCGCAGGGAUCUCUCCGGGGCGGCGGGCAGCGCAGCCUAUAUAAGGGCGCGCCGGGCGUGGCGCAGCUAGUUCCGCCGAGGCCGGGAGUUCGGUUGCUGUUCACUUACGUCCGCUGCUGACACCGUUGCUUGAUAAUGCAGAUCUUCGUAAAGACCCUAACUGGCAAGACCAUCACCCUCGAGGUCGAGCCCAGUGACACCAUUGAGAACGUCAAGGCGAAGAUCCAAGACAAGGAAGGUAUCCCUCCUGACCAGCAGAGGUUGAUCUUUGCCGGGAAACAGCUGGAAGAUGGACGCCCCCUGUCCGACUACAACAUCCAGAAGGAGUCCACCCUGCACCUGGUACUCCGUCUCCGAGGUGGGAUGCAGAUCUUCGUGAAGACCCUGACUGGCAAGACCAUCACCCUCGAGGUGGAGCCCAGUGACACCAUUGAGAACGUCAAGGCGAAGAUCCAAGACAAGGAAGGUAUCCCUCCUGACCAGCAGAGGUUGAUCUUUGCCGGGAAACAGCUGGAAGAUGGACGCCCCCUGUCCGACUACAACAUCCAGAAGGAGUCCACCCUGCACCUGGUACUCCGUCUCCGAGGUGGGAUGCAGAUCUUCGUGAAGACCCUGACUGGCAAGACCAUCACCCUCGAGGUGGAGCCCAGUGACACCAUUGAGAACGUCAAGGCGAAGAUCCAAGACAAGGAAGGUAUCCCUCCUGACCAGCAGAGGUUGAUCUUUGCCGGGAAACAGCUGGAAGAUGGACGCCCCCUGUCCGACUACAACAUCCAGAAGGAGUCCACCCUGCACCUGGUACUCCGUCUCCGAGGUGGGAUGCAGAUCUUCGUGAAGACCCUGACUGGCAAGACCAUCACCCUCGAGGUGGAGCCCAGUGACACCAUUGAGAACGUCAAGGCGAAGAUCCAAGACAAGGAAGGUAUCCCUCCUGACCAGCAGAGGUUGAUCUUUGCCGGGAAACAGCUGGAAGAUGGACGCCCCCUGUCCGACUACAACAUCCAGAAGGAGUCCACCCUGCACCUGGUACUCCGUCUCCGAGGUGGGAUGCAGAUCUUCGUGAAGACCCUGACUGGCAAGACCAUCACCCUCGAGGUGGAGCCCAGUGACACCAUUGAGAACGUCAAGGCGAAGAUCCAAGACAAGGAAGGUAUCCCUCCUGACCAGCAGAGGUUGAUCUUUGCCGGGAAACAGCUGGAAGAUGGACGCCCCCUGUCCGACUACAACAUCCAGAAGGAGUCCACCCUGCACCUGGUACUCCGUCUCCGAGGUGGGAUGCAGAUCUUCGUGAAGACCCUGACUGGCAAGACCAUCACCCUCGAGGUGGAGCCCAGUGACACCAUUGAGAACGUCAAGGCGAAGAUCCAAGACAAGGAAGGUAUCCCUCCUGACCAGCAGAGGUUGAUCUUUGCCGGGAAACAGCUGGAAGAUGGACGCCCCCUGUCCGACUACAACAUCCAGAAGGAGUCCACCCUGCACCUGGUACUCCGUCUCCGAGGUGGGAUGCAGAUCUUCGUGAAGACCCUGACUGGCAAGACCAUCACCCUCGAGGUGGAGCCCAGUGACACCAUUGAGAACGUCAAGGCGAAGAUCCAAGACAAGGAAGGUAUCCCUCCUGACCAGCAGAGGUUGAUCUUUGCUGGGAAACAACUGGAAGAUGGGCGCACCCUGUCUGACUACAACAUCCAGAAAGAGUCAACUCUGCACUUAGUCCUGCGCUUGAGGGGAGGUGUCUGAGUUUCCUCCUUUCAAAAGCUUUCAACAAAUUUCAUUG